UCCGAGCGGCUCCUCUUGUUUCUCCUAGGAUGUUUUUGAUGUGAGGAGCGGGCUGGGAAGAUGUAGGCAGCAUUUGGCCGCGGGCAUUUCACACAAGCGGAGGCGUACUUUAACGUAAAAUAUUCUCAUGAGUCUGUUUUCUUCAUUAAUCAUAAGUGCUGGAGAGUGUUACCCGCGUUUCCCCCCAAAACUACAAGACAAAGAAAGACUGAGGGAACGCUUUCCCAGUUCCAGCUGGACAUGGUUCGGGCCUAGAGAGCAGAGCUGAGCAACAUGAACCGUGAAGACCGGAAUGUUCUCCGUAUGAAAGAAAGUGAAAGGCGAAAUCAAGAAAUCCAGCAGGGAGGAGAGGCCUUCCCAGCUAACUCUCCUCUCUUUCCUGAACCUUAUAAAGUUUCAAGCAAAGAAGACAAACUUUCCAGUCGUAUUCAAAGCAUGCUGGGAAAUUAUGACGAGAUGAAGGAAGUGAUUGGAGAGUCUGCACGAUCCAAGCCCAGCAUCAUCCCUAAAGGCCAGGGCUCCUCGUCUACCGACGAGAGGCCGCUGUUUAGUAGCAGCAGCGGCAACCAGAGUAGCAAAUGGACCCCAGUGGGCUCUGCCCCCAGCACCUCAUCCUCACAGCCACAGAAGCGCUCAAGCGCGCAGGGGAGUAACCACAGUAGCAGCAGCCAGCGCAGUGCCGCUGCCAGCAGCAGCAGCAGUAGCAGUAGCAGCAGCAACCAAAGACACGAGCGAGACCACAGCAGCAGUGGCAAGAGGUCUGGUAAACACACUUUGGAGCAUGCCAAGGCUCACACAUCCAGUCCAGCCAAAGGUUCCCAGGGCUCCAGCCAUAGUCGAUCACACGCGCCUGACCACCAGAGCAAGGAGCGCUACCGGCCCAAGUCACCACGGGAGCAUGAAGCUAGCUGGGACUCGCCCUCUCGCAUGCAGCCCUCGUUCUCCAGUGGCCAGCAUUCGGGCCAGGCCUUCCCACCAUCACUCAUGUCCAAGUCAGGCCCUAUGCCGCAGAAACCCACUGCCUAUGUGCGGCCCAUGGAUGGUCAGGAAGUGCAGGAGCCGAAGGCCUCUUCGGAUGGUUACAGCAGCCAGUCGCACAGCAGCGGCAUAGGAGAGAUGAAGUCUGGUGGCAAGGCCUCCCUUUCCAAACUCAAGAUCCCCUCCCAGCCUCUGGAGGCUUCAAUAUCUGGAGAUUCUAAUUGCGUAGAUGAAAUUCUAAAGGAGAUGACUCAGUCGUGGCCUCCUCCUUUGACAGCCAUUCACACCCCAUGCAAAACAGAACCUUCAAAAUUUCCUUUCCCCUCAAAGGACACACAGCACCUGAGUUUCCCUAGUGGAGGACACAAGAAGUACAGUUCUGCAAAAACAUCUUCAAUGGCCAGUCACCCGCCCAAAGCUUGUGACGGGGAGCAAGCUACUGUGCUGGAAGAUGACUUAAAACUAAGCAGCAGUGAGGACAGCGAUGGGGAACAGGAUUCCGGUAAAACUGCAUCAAGAAAUGCAUCAGCAAGCCAUCACAGUGAGACAGCAGAGCACUCGCGCGAUGACUCAAGCAGCCACAGUGGCUCGGAGAGCAGCUCCGGCUCGGACAGUGAGAGUGAGAGCAGCUCCAGUGACAGCGAGGCCACGGAGCCCCCCCGCCCUGCAUCCCCCGAGCCUGAGCCACCAAUGGCUAACAAGUGGCAGCUGGACAACUGGCUUCAUAAAGUCAACAAGUUUUCACCGGCUUCCCCAGUCGAAAGCAAUUUGCCCACCAAAUAUAAGAAAGAGAGUCGGGAACCAAGCUCAGGCAGGGGCUACAAUGGCCAGGGAGGCUCCAAAGACUCAAGUGCUUCUGGCCCAGGACGGGACCUGCGAGCUGCCCCAAAGGCCUCAGAGAGCGGACGGGGCCGGCAGAAAUCCCCCGCUCAGAGUGAUGCCACUGGAGUCACCCCGCGUCGUACCAUAGGCAAGAAACAACCUAAAAAGCCAGAAAAGCCCCCUGUGGUGGAAGGUGGCCUGAAGGUGGAAAGCGAGCCUGCUAUGGAAGUCCAGCCCACUAGGCCUAUGGCAGCUACCAAGGGACCCCGAAAGUCCAGUGCCAGGAAGGAGCCCAGGUCCUCACCCCGGCAAACUGCAGACGAGCGCAAGCGCAGGACCCCUGGCAAAACUUCCCACAAGUCCCAGGAGUGUCUGCCCACAGACUCGUCAUCCUCAGAUGCAGAGGAAAAUGACAGUGCCCCCUCCUUGUCUCAGACACCCAAAUAUACAGAAGGUGUCAGGACUCCUAUGUGCAUCUUCUCUCCUAUGGAAGAGAAGGAAUUGCUCUCUCCGCUCAGUGACCCUGAAGACCGAUUCCCUGUCAGGCAGGUUCUUUUGGUCAAGAUUGAUCUCAGUUUGCUUUUACGUGUUCCGGGGAGGCCCUACAAGGAGCUUGAGCAGCCUAAAAUUGACCGUAGUAGUGUUGCCACUGAGAAGGAUGGGAAAGAUGUCCAAAAGCAGUCAAAUGAGAAAGUCCCCAGCAAAAGCAAAAGGAAACACAAGAAUGAGGAUGAGGAGAAGAGUGUCACCAAGAGGACUAGACUAGAGGACAAGAGCUCAUCUCAUCACAAAAGCAGCAGCAAAGAGUCAUCCAAGAGAGACGGGGAAAGGGAGAAAGAGCCUGUCCCGUUGCCAUCGCCAGUGGGCUCCCAAAAGACGCCCAAUGGAGAGCAUCAGAACCGCAAGCGCAGGGCCAGCCAGUCCUCUGCCUCCAUAUACAGCAGUGGCAGCAGUGGUAAGGACAGUGGCCGCAGCACCAAGACUGGGAGCUCCUCUAAGCACCGGAAGGCUGAGGACAAGCCGGCCCGGAGCGCUAAGGAAUGCAAGGACAAGGUGUCAAAGACGGCCGACGCACACACCGCAGCCCAGUCCCUCUCUUUGGAAAGCACAAAGUCACAAAGAUCAAAACUCACUUUCGAAGACAGGGUGCAUUCUGCUGAUUACUACCUACAGGAAGCCAAGAAACUGAAACACAACGCAGAUGCACUGAUGGACAGGUUUGAAAAAGCAGUGUACUACCUGGAUGCUGUCGUGUCCUUCAUCGAGUGUGGCAAUGCACUGGAGAGAAGUGCUCAGGAGGCCAAAUCCCCAUUUCCGAUGUAUGCGGAGACCGUGGAGCUCAUCAAGUACACAAUGAAAUUGAAGAGCUAUAUGGCUCCAGAUGCUACAUCAGCAGACAAAAGACUAGCAGUGCUCUGUCUUCGGUGUCAGUCGCUCCUCUACUUGCGGUUGUUCAAACUGAGAAAAGAAAGUGCACUGAAAUAUUCCAAAACUCUCACAGAACACUUGAAGAAUUCUAUAAACAGCACACAAGCUCCUUCACCUGGAAUGGGAAGCAAAGCAGCAGGUAUGCCGUCCCCUGUGUCGCCUAAGCUUUCUCCGGGCAGCACGGGAGGUCACUCCUCUGUGGCAUCCAGUGCCAGCGGCAGCACCUCUGUGGCCAUUCCGCAGCGCAUCCACCAGAUGGCCGCCAGCUACGUGCAGGUCACCUCCAAUUUCCUCUAUGCCACCGAGGUGUGGGAUCAGGCAGAGCAGGUGGCUAGAGAACAAAAAGAGUUCUUUGCUGAGCUAGACAAGGCGAUGACCCCGCUGAUCUUCAACACCAGCAGCAUGACUGACCUGGUACGCUACACGCGGCAAGGUCUGCACUGGCUGCGGCUGGAUGCCAAACUCGUCUCCUAGAGGCUAAGCAUCAGUCCCCAGCAGUUUUCAGCCGACCCUCCUUUGUUCCAAACGCAUAUGAGUAUCUGCCUCAGACCUCAAGUGCACCUGUAACACUGUGCUCUUUUUUUUUUUUUUUUUUUUU